AUGGAAGCUUGCUCUGAUGAUGUCUGUCACGGUGGUACAGACGAAGACUUAGCAGGACGGUGCGCCGAUGACUUCUUCGCGCAAUUCAACAGUCCUUCUUACGCGACAAUCCUCCUUCGGUUUCCGCCGGUAGAACCGCGGUCGCCCAACAUGCGGGCCAGAGUUGAAGGUACAAGUCAUUGUUCCAAUUGCCAUAGCUUAAAUCGGCUGAUGGGAAAAGCCUGGGAUGCAACCUAUCUGUAG